GUUCUGUUUGGUUAAAGGAAUCGGGACUUUGCCGGAGGAGGGUUCGCUCUUAAGACUGAACGUAGGAGCAAGUCCCAUAGAACAACUCGGCGGGAUUUGCUCCAGAGUAAACUGGAUCGGACUGACAUCGUGUGCACGCUUUCUGGGGAAGACACCCCCGUUGAGCACACUGGUGCGACUUACACCUGAGGAAGGGUCAGGCUGCCUGUGGUCGUGAAGCCUUCGCUCGCUUCUCUCGUCCACACAACCCGCUCUUGUGCGCCUUUUGCUUGGGAGGAAGAAGUCCUAGUAUAGGCGCCAAUUCCCAAAUUGAUCUUGAGACUUGAUAACAGAAUACACUCUUUUCAUGCCUCGAAAACCUUGUUAUCCAAGUAGUUGGAGUGGCUGAAGAUGGAGCACUAACUGCAUUCUGUGAAGACCUGCCAAAAAAGCUUUCAGAAGUGAGCGCACGGUCUGGAGUAAGCAAAGCAUUGAGGAGACGGUCUUGUUCCACUUGACAGAUCUCAUUGCUGCAAAAUACACACACAUAUUUUUUUAAUGUGCUGAAGUCUUUAUUCCCCUCUCGCCCUUCUACCUCAUCUUAUGAAUUUUGGGCAGCCAUGGCUGGGGAACUGUGUUUACUGUUCCUGUUGUUGCUCUGUGGGAGUACUGUGUCCGAAGUGCAGCCUUUAUACCAGCCGCCUUCUGAAGCUCUGGAUUUUGGGUUUGUCCCUGCAAAGACGUACGAUACCAACGCAUACUAUGAACCUGGAGCAAUAGGAAUUUUGUUCCGAAUAGUCCAUGCUUUCCUCUAUUUAGUGCAACCGAACUAUUUUCCUCAAGAUCUUAUUAAAAAGCUAGCACAGCAAAAGUUUGGAAGUGUGCCGGGUGAUUAUCAAAAGCCAGAAAAUGUUGUCCUGACUCUUCAGGGAAUUUACUAUGAAAUCGGUUUUCUCAUCUGCGCUGCUUUGGGCAUACUGUUUGUUCUGUUGUUGCCGCUGGUGGGGCUUUGCUUCUGCAUGUGUCGUUGCUGUGACAACUGCGGUGGGGAGAUGCACCAAAGACAGAAGAAAAACGCCGAGUGUCAGAGGGGCUGUUUUGCUACAACUCUUUUCGUUGCUUCUUUACUAAUCAGUAUUGGGGUACUAUUUGCUUAUGCUGCUAACCAGCAUCUCACAAGUCAAAUCAGAGGAGCAAGGAAACUGAUGAGUAGUAAUUUCAAAGACAUGAGGAUUUUCCUGAACGAUACUCCAGGGCAAAUUGACUAUUUGGUGAGCCAAUAUAAUACUACCAAGAAGAAAGCACUUUACGACCUUAAUAAUGUCGGGCUAUUGCUUGGCAGCCGAGUUCAGGAGCAACUGGGAAAGGAGGUGCGCCCUGCCCUUGAUUCAGCUCUAACCAUGGCCGGAGCUAUUAGGGAAACAAAGGAGGCACUGGAGAAUGUGAGUGUAUCUGUGGAAGUCUUGCAAGAGGGCACCGACAAGCUACAUGCCAACCUGACAGAAGUCAAAGGACACUUGAUGAACACACUCAACGAUUCUGCAUGCACAGCUGCCCAAGCUACUUCAAUUUGCAAUGUUAUCAGGAAUUCCUUUAAUCAACUGAAUAUUAAUGCCAACUUCAGCAGGUUACCAGGAGUAAGUGUUCAACUAGUCAAAGUCAAAGAAGUCCUUAAAAUAGAUCUCUCCAGUCUGGUUCAAAAGGGUUAUGCAGCAUUUAACGAUACUCCUGAUUUGGUGCUCAAUCAGACGAGGAACAUUUUAUCAGAUAUCAAGAAUGUCCUGGAAGCCAUUGGUUCAAAUAUCACAACCUUUACUAAAAUGCUUCCUGUCCAUAAGGUACUAGCAGACUUCACAAUAUAUCUUACUCAGGGUGAGGCAUACGUUCAAGAUUAUUUUCCAUUGGUGGAACAGUAUGACUUCUACAGGUGGCUGGGUUGCUUAAUUCUCUGCUGCAUGGUGAUACUGAUCCUCUUAUUUUACUAUCUCGGAUUGUUAUGUGGUACCUGUGGUUAUGACAAAAAUGCCACUCCAACAACCAGAGGCUGCGUUUCGAACACUGGAGGAAAUUUCCUGAUGGCUGGAGUUGGAUUCAGUUUCCUCUUCGCCUGGGCUCUGAUGCUAAUAGUAGUGGUUACUUUCAUUACUGGUGGAAAUAUGGAGAAGCUUGUCUGUGAGCCAUUUGAAGACAAGACUUUAUUCAAACUUUUGGACACUCCCUACUUGCUGAAUCGACACUGGAAAUACUACCUUUCUGGCAUCAUUUUAAGAAAUCCAGAGAUUGACUUGACCUUUGAAAAGGUUUACAGUGACUGCAAGGAAAAUAAAGGCAUUUACACCUCACUCAACUUAGAAAACCUCUUCAAUAUCCAUGAAUUUCUGAAUGUUAGCAUGUAUGCAGAAGAUGUGACACACAAAAUCAAGCACAUUAGCGUAAAUCUAAGCAGUAUAGUUUUGCUGGAUGAAAUUGGAAAGGAGAAUCUGUUGGAUUUCAGUUCUUCAGGAAUAAGUGAGAUAAACUUUGCAGCAUAUUUGUCCGAGAUCAAUAAGAGUGUUACCAAGGUGGAUCUCUUGUCCUUUGCUAAUGAUCUGGAAGCAAGAGCAGACCAACUGCCCAAAGGAGCAUUGGAGAAUGCCUUAAAAGGACAUGCAAAUAAUAUUCGGAUGAUACAUAACCAACAAGUUGUUCCAUUGGAGCAAGCAAUGACUGUCAAGAAAUAUGUUAGAGCUAGGAGCACUCUAAACCAGAGCAUAAGGCUACUGCAAAAGACAUCAUCAGAACUUACAGGAAAAGUGAAAAAUGUGAUAAGUGCUGUCGAUGCUGCUCAACUUCUUAUAAACAAUAAUGCAUCAUUGGUUAUUGUCCAGGAAACAAAAAAGUACAUGGAUACAAUAAUUGGUUACUUUGAGCAGUAUGCUGAAUGGGUCAAGGAAUCGAUUACCAUGGAAGUGGCAACAUGUAAGCCUAUUGCCAAUGUGGUAGAUACAGCUGUAGAUAUAUUUUUAUGCAGCUAUGUGACAGAUUCUUUGAAUGCCUUCUGGUUUGGUUUGGGAGGCUGUUCGGUCUUUCUAAUCCCUGCUAUCAUUUGUGCAGUAAAACUAGCCAAAUUCUACCGUAGGAUGGAUACUGAAGAUGUGUAUGAUGAUGUUGAAACUAUGCCCAUGAAAAAUUUGGAAAAUGGUAAUAAUGGUUAUCAUAAAGAGCAUUUAUAUGGUAUACACAAUCCAAUUAUGACAAGCUCUGCAGAACAGUGGUAGUACAUACUGGAGAUAUUAAAGCCUCUGGAAAGAAUGCUUCAGAUUAUGCUCUGGGAAAACAUUUCCAAUCCAUGGCAAGUUAUGUAUUUACAUGAUGAAUCCUGACCCCUCUUGUUUGGGGUCUGUAUAGUAAAUCAAUUUUGAAUGAAUAAAAAAACGACUGAACCUCAUGCCAGUAAAUGCCAGGCAGGCUCAUGGUGACUAGACCACCUGAUAUCAGUUAUUUACUGUCCAGUACCAUUAAACAUUUGAAUUAGUGGUUCGCAUUCUUGUUUUCAGUCUGGAGUGUCAUGAUAUUAAUUUAGCUUUCACUGGGUUCUUCGGGUUUUGUUUUUCUGUUUCAGAUUAUGUUGAUCAGUCAGAAUUACUCAAUUUUUGUUAAAAUGUUCAGAGAUGUUAAUACUGUGUAUAUAUAAAUCUGUGUUUACAUGAAGAAUACAUUUUGUGUACAGACCCACUUUUGUAUCUGUGUUUUUUACAGCUGUCUUGCAGCAGAUUUUUUAAUACUGUUUGUUAUACUUCACAAGCGACCUGUUCAGCAUGAUCAGUGUGUUUUUGGUGCUGUCAGAUGGCCCCGUUUGACUGUAAAAAGUAUGGAAACCUGCAGUAACUUGUGUUGUCUUCAGAAAAGUUAAUGUAAUUGAAAAGUUAUUCUGCCCUCUUUCUGAAUUAUUAUUUAAUGUACUGCAUCAUUAAAACCAAAAUACAUAUUUUUCUGAAAGCAAUUAGCUUUAUAAGUUGUAGACAAAUGUGCAAAGGGAAGGGAAUAGCAAACGUUCCUCCUUGGAACUUGCAGAAAUAUAGCCGGGUAGGAGAUGUUGAAAGACCUAUUCACGUCGUCACAGAUCGCUUACUCUGAAUGUGUGGUGUCUUAUGUACCAGCCUGCUUUGGUUUUGCAACCCCAUAUUUGAUAUAACGCCUAAAUGUAUUAAACGUCCAUACAUAUUUACAUGCAUGCCUAGCAUACAGGCAUAAUUCCUAAUUCACACACCAUUUUGAAGAGAGAGCAAUGACUCUCAUGUCCUGCUGCAUAUCAUGGGUGUUGCUGUGCCACUGCAGGGUUCUACCAUGCGUGGUGGUGGUGCAGUGCAAUGGAGUGUGCUGUCACUACUGAUCACAUGUCGUGUGCUUCUUCCAUGGGGGGAAUUAAAGUAGCACACAAGAUGCAAUCAUACACCACAUAUAUGUGGUAGUGUGCAGGGUAGGUGAGCCAAGGCAUUGGAUGUACAUUCAUAGGGAUGGAAACCCAUUACCCCCAAUUCGAUGUUACAGCAAAGUGAGGCGAUAAGAUGGAGGCAUUACACAAUCCCACCCCAUUUCAUGGUUGGUUUACUCAACUUGACAACAGUGUGAUGUAGGCCUCAAGUUAUCACACUCUGCCAAGUUCUUGAUAGACUUUAAUUUAAGUGCGUUUUGGGGGGAAAGGGAAUAGGUGGUAUUUUGCUAACUAAAUGCAAGGUGUUAAGAUUUCAGAAGUAUGUGAAAGCCGUUCUUGAAUUUGAGUGUGAAAGUUUCUAGUAUUACUGACCUGUAAUUUCAGAGGGGCUAUACAUAACUACAUGAAUGUGAAGAAAUACGGGCAUCUUGCACUAAUAGGUGGCACUGUUUUGAUGCCAAUCUUGUAGGAGUGCUUUCUGAUCUUUCGGCAACAGUCAGCACUGGGGAAUUAGUCCUUGCAAUGUGUUUACGAUCACUGGUUGAUGACAUAACUAACAUAGCAUGCAUGUUAGGAGUCUCUGCAGGGAUGUGACAGGGGCCUGCACACAAUUCUCCCAGUCUGCCACAUGCUGUGUUGCGCCAGUGGGUGAAAUUUCCCAGCUCUGGCUGCAAAAUGCGACACUGACCCUCUCUUGCAGAACACUUCUAGAGUAUGGGCAGAGCUGGGAUGCUUUGCCCACUUGUGCAGUAGCACAUGCCAAGUCGGACUGGGAGAGUUGUGUCGGGCCCCUCUUGCCUCCCCAGAGAGCUUCCUAAUGCACACACUGUUAGGAUAUCAGCCACGGAAGUUGUUAAUAGGUUUCAUUCACAUGGGACUCCUUUACUGGAGUUUCUAGCAAGAAUUAUUUGAGAUAAUCUUAGGGUUGCUUAAUUCUAUGAGGUUUACGCAUCAGUUGCCCAGUCUGUGCACUUCGGCUGAAUUGAGCUUGUGUGUCAUGCUUCAUCCAGUGAAAGUGUAUUUAGCAUACCUGUUGAGAAAAUGCCACACCUGAAGCAUCUCUGACUGAACGGAAAUUGGUAUAGCAUGUUUCACUGACAGGGCAAAUGAAUUAUUGCUACUAGAAAAUGUGUAGAAUACUUCAAUUUGUGUAUGUAUAUAUUAUAUAUAAUGUUCAAAAUUGUAGGAUUUUAAUAAGUUCUUAUUUUUAAUUUGAUAAUGUCCUCAAAUCAUUUAAAUAAAGUGAAAACUUGAUUAA